AUGCUUUAUUCCGAGGAGUUAAUGGUUACUGACGGCAGCGUCAAAAUGGUCGCGGGAACUGAGUUAAUUUUCCCUCCCCACCCCACUAUAAAUGCAUAUGGGAAUCCGAUACUAAAUCGUCACGUUCUAUCAGGGAGCGCCCCUCCCUCACUCUGUCUCUCUCCCCCCUCUAUCUCUCCAUCUCUCUCCAUCUCCCUACCUCUCCCUCUCUCUCUUUCUCUCUAUCUCUCCUUCUCACUCUCCAUCCCUCGUUCACUAAUCCUUUCACUCUCCCUCACCCUCUCUUUCCCUCCCUGUAUCUCUCUCCAUCCUUCUCCCUCCCUCUCCAUACCUCUUUCUCACAUUCUCUCUCUAUACAUAACCCUUCUCUCUCUCCCUUUCUCUCUUUCUACCUCUCUCUAUAUAUCACCCUCUCUUCCCCGCCCUCUCUAUUUCUCCUCCUCUCUCUCUACUCCUUUCACUCUCCCUCGAACUCUAUCUUCCUUUCCCUGUAUCUCUCUCAUUCCUCUCUUACCUUCUAUCUCUCUCUCUAUAUACCUCUUUUCACCCUCUAUCUAUCUAUACAGCUCUCUCUCUCUCUCUCAUUCCCUCUCUCUAUCUAUCUAUCUCUCAGUAUUAUCGGGAUUUGUACAGAUUAUCUACAAUUUUGCCAUAAAUGGAAAAUAG